AUGAAUCAGAUCACUCAGCCAAUCAAUGGCAACGAUGCUUCAAAUAAUGGUACUGGGGGCGGUGAUACUCCAGACCCCGACGAAUGUCAAGAAAAGAUAUACGUUGGGACAGCAGUUGAUACACCGUAUUUCAAUAACCAAUCAUACGUUGAUGCUGUCAAGACAUAUUUCGAAUACAUAACGCCUGGUAACGUGAUGAAGUGGGAUGCAACCGAGAAGACACAAGGCGUAUUCUCUUUCAACGCAUCAGACAAGAUUGUCAAAUUCGCAAAAGACAACGGGAAAACGAUACGUGGACAUGUCGGGGUUUGGCACAAUCAGGUACCGCAAUGGUUAAAAGAUCUUGAUGGACCUGGACUUGUAAAUGCCACCCAAAAUCACAUCAAAACCGUCUUACAGUACUAUAAAGACGAUCUAUACUCCUUUGACGUUUGUAAUGAAGUCUUGGGAGAUGAUGGAAAUCUGCGUGAUUCAUUUUGGUCACAAAAGUUGAAUGAUUCUUUCAUCGAAAUGGCAUUUCAAGCUGCCUUGGAUGCGGGUACUAAUAUCAAACUUUAUAUCAACGAUUACAAUGUUGAGGGACUCGGAAAGAAGUCAGAUGCUUAUUACGCCAUCGUGAAAUCAUUAGCCGAAAAGAAACUUCUACAUGGUGUUGGAUUGCAAGGGCACAUGAUCGUGGGAAAACUGCCACGACUCGAAGAGAUGAAAGCAAACCUCAAACGAUAUGUCGAUUUAGGUCUUGAGGUCGCCUACACCGAAGUCGAUGUAAGGCUUCCUUUGCCCGCGUCUCCAAAGGAUUUGGCGCAACAAGCCCAAGACUACGCUACCUUUGUAACGGCUUGUAAGGAGACUCCGGGCUGUAAAGGUGUCACUGUUUGGGGUGUUGGGUACCCUGACUCUUGGGUUCCAUCAACAUUUCAUAAUUUCGGAGACGCUCUUCUUCUUGACGAUAACUAUCAGCCAACCGAAGCAUUUAACUGUUUUGAGCAGGCUUUGAAAGGGAACGUCACUCAAGGAUCUUCCUAG